UAUCACAGGCAAAAUCUGCUUUAUGAAAAAUUGAACUUAAAGGAGAAGGAGAUCAUGACAUUUCUGCACAACUUAGAGAUGGAGAACAUUGCUUUCCGAGAGAACAACCUGGAAUUCAAGAAGGAGAUAAAUUUCUAUCAUAACCUGCACAGCUGGCUCCUGAUGGAGAUGAAACUUAUAAAGAAGUUGGUGAUAUUGCAGAAGGAGAGCAAGGAAGUCCAGGCUGAAUGGGCCACCAUUCAUCAGUAUUUGGUGGACUUGAACCUGAGUGGUAAAGACGAACAGGAGAAGACCAGCAACCUUUUGACUCAAGAACAUGAGGUCUCAGAAACUGCAAGAGAGCUGGGACUGGCCACAGCCCAAGAAGAGAGCAUCCUGCAGAAUGAGUUGCCACCCCAGAAGCCCCCUGCUGAGCACCAACCCCAGCAUCCACAAUCUUCCUUCGAUGAAUCUACUUCCUUAUAGUUCAUUUCCUUAGGGUGAAUAGGCCCUAACUAGGCAGCCAUGGCUGAUUCAGGGUGUUAUUCCCUUUUCUCUUCAGACAACUCCCCUUGCCAGAGAACUGAGGUGACUGCACUGCCACCAAGUGUCCAAGAAGAGUAACAGGCUGUAGGUCUGUGCUGCUAAAAGUGCAGAUAGAGAAAGCAGCUGAACAAUAAUUUUCUCUUAGAGUGUUGGUUGAAGUUUAGGUUUUUGUUCUUUGAGUUGUUGCUGUUAUUUAGAAGUUAUAUGUUCUUUUAUUUUUAUUGUUUGUUUUUGCUAUUAACUCUAAAUUAAUUGAACUUUUAAAACCUGUUUUUUUUUUUUAAUUUCUAUGUCUCAUGAAUAAAAAUUAAUUUUCAAGUAGUGAUUCUUGAGACCAUC